UGAGAUGUUUUCCAAACGAAAAGAAAAAAAAAAGAACAGUUUCAGAUCAGGUGACAUGGCGUCUCCACGGUCCACGCAGCUCACCUUGAGAGCUGCUGCCUAAACAUAACACGCCCGACCAAGAGCAAACCAACCACCGCGGCACCACUUGUCCAGUCCGGCCUCGCCAAUCCGAUCCAGCAGCCAUGGCCUCCCGCUGCCGGCGGUCGCAGAGCCCCGCCCUGCUCGCGCUCGCCGUGCUCUCCUGCCUGCAGCUCGCCCUCCCCGCCGCGUCGCAGCUGUCGCCGACGACGACCCGGCCUCUCCCGCGCCCCACCGCCACGACCACGACAACGACACCGCUGGAAGCGGGUAGCGGAGAGGUCGCCGGCAGCGGCGACAUCGGCGGCGUCGCGGGGCGCGCGUGCACGUACACGGUGCAGAUCAAGACGAGCUGCUCGUCCCCGCGGAGGUCCCCGGACGCGGUGAGCCUGGCGUUCGGCGACACGUACCGGAACGAGGUGUACGCGGCGCGGGUGACGCCGGCGCGCGGGUUCGAGCGGUGCGCCAAGGACACGUUCAGGGUGACCGGGCCCUGCGGCUACGGCGUCUGCUACCUCUACCUCCGCCGCACCGGCGGCGUCGGGUGGACGCCCGAGUGGGUCAGGGUGUACGAGCCCACCUCCAGCACGCCCUCCACCUUCUACUACGGCGACCCGCUCUCCAACGGCGUCUGGUACGGCACCAACCGCUGCCUCCGCCGCGGCGCCGGUGGCGGCGCCUCCUCCGAGCCUGUCGUUGCCGCGGCGCAGGCGCUGCGACUGUGACGACGGCCGGUGAGCGGUUUUGCCUGCACGCGGUGGAUGAUGAUGCAGGGGCAGAGAACCUCCCGUGGCGCUCCUGUUCUGUCUUGGUGUGAUGAUUGGUGGGGAACGGGUGGCGUUUCGGAGAAAUCAUUUGGGUCGCUACUAUUUUUUCUAUUUUUGUUGUACGGUUGGGUUUCUGCUACGUAUGCUCGAACUGUGGCCAUGAUAAUCCUGAUCGGACUUUGUACUUUCUAGCAAUAAAACCGAUCCAAGAAAGAGAUUUGCUCUAUGAUAGAAGGGUACGAAAGCCUACGAAGGAUUAAAUUGAA